AUGUCGCAAACACUUUCCAAAGAGGAAAGGCUAAAACUUCGCCAGGAACAAUUGGCAAAAUGGAAACAAAGAAAAUCCCAAUCGCCCGUGCUAGAUCCCGAGAGAAGUACAGAUGAAGAAGACCGACCGAAUGCAUCACUUCCAAAUCCAGAGGAACAGCGACGAAUUGAACGUCUCAAAAAGCUCGAGGAGUGGAGAAAGAAGAAGCUUCUGAGUCAAGAGUCCAAGCCGACGGGAGCUCAAAAUCGCCAGAAGAAACUUGAAGAGUGGAAGCGAAAGCGUGAAAACGACAAUCCGAAUGACUCAUCAAAAGUCACUGUAAGUACACCUCUUAAGCCUAUUUCUACACUAACUCGAAAACCCGUCCUUUUGAAAAGACAGAGGCUUUUUGAGGAUGAUGAGGACGAGAACGGUGGUCUUCGAUUCAAAUUGAGGAGAUCAGCGCCCCAAAGCAUGCAAAAUGCGAUGGAAAAUACUCUUGAUGGGAAAGACGCGCUUGAUCUAUUCCUCGAAGAGCUCAAGGAUGACUACGUAGAUCCUAAUCAGGAGUUUAAACAGGUUCUGGAAGAAAGUCUGGAUGACGAAGAUGAAGGCGAAGAUAAGUUACUAUCUUUACAGUUGAAAACAAUGCGAAAGGGCAAGGAAUUGGCUGCCGUUGACCACAAAAGUAUAGCGUACUUGCCAUUCAAGAAGAACUUUUACGUUGAAAGUCGAGAGGUAACAGAUCUUUCUCAAAAAGAGGUACACGAUCUUAGGACAACAUUGGGAGGCAUCAAAGUCUCCGGGACAAACUGUCCCCGUCCAAUUUGGAAAUGGGAACAGCUAGGCAUGUCCUCGGUUGUCACAUCCGUUAUUGAGGACAAGUUGCAAUUCAAGAAACUAACAAGUGUUCAAAGUCAAGCGUUACCCGUAAUUCUUUCUGGACGCGAUAUGCUUGCUAUUGCCAAGACUGGUUCGGGCAAAACCCUCGCAUUUGUUUUGCCUUUACUCAGACAUGUUCAAGAUCAACCUCCUUUGAAAGAGGGCGAUGGUCCAAUAGCACUUCUCAUGGCGCCCACAAGGGAACUUGCCUUGCAAAUAUUUAAACAGCUCACUAUAUUUACAAAAAAGCUUGGUUUGUCGGCAUGUUGUUGCUAUGGAGGCUCCUCUAUUGAACCGCAAAUCGCAGAGUUGAGAAGAGGAGCUCAAAUUGUCGUCUGUACGCCUGGUCGCCUUAUUGACUUGCUUUCUACGAACAAUGGUAAAGUUUGCAAUCUUCGAAGAGUUACUUAUGUUGUUCUUGAUGAAGCUGACAGAAUGUUUGACUUUGGGUUUGAGCCACAAAUAAAGAAGAUAUUCUCUCAGGUUCGACCAGAUAAACAAUGCGUUUUAUUUUCGGCAACUUUUGCAAGAAAGAUGGAAGGUUUGGCAAAGGAUACGCUUCAGGACCCUGUUGAAGUAGUCGUUGGCGGUAUUAGUAUUGUUGCUCCUGAGAUUAGACAACAUGUUGAGUUGUUUGAGAUUGACCACACUGCUUCAGCGACCGAACUUUACGACCAAAAGUUCUCUAGACUUCAAGAACUUCUUGAGCAGUUCUCUGGUGUGAAGAAGCUAGUUUUUGUCGAAAAGCAAGAUUCAGCAGAUGAUUUGCACGUUAAGCUUUUGAGUCAAGGAUUACAAAGCGUCACGAUUCACGGUGGUAAGGAUCAGAUCGACAGAAAAUACGCGAUAAAGGAGUUUUCAGAAAAGAAUAGCGGAGUCGAUACUUUGAUUGCAACUUCCGUCGCCGCAAGAGGCUUGGAUGUGAAAGGUCUCGAUCUAGUAAUCAACUUUGACCCUCCAAACCACAUGGAAGAUUACGUUCAUCGGGUCGGUAGAACAGGAAGAGCCGGACAGGAAGGUGAUGCCUAUACCUUCGUGGCCUCAUCGCAGGAGAGACCUGUGACUGAUUUGGUGAAAUCGUUGAGGUUGAGCAAGUAUCCUGAGGACAAAAUUGAUUCCAGACUAAUCAAGAUAUCUGAAGAAUUCCUCCUGAAGGUGAAGGAUGGUAAAGAGCGGUUCAAUUUUGGUUUCGGCGGUAAGGGACUCAGCAAGCUUGAUGAGAUGAGAGAUACCCAGAAGAAGAUGGAAAGGAGUAUGUAUGCUGCUGAUACUCCUGAACAAGAGAAGCCCGCCAAAGCACAUAGUCCUGCUACGAGCAAUCCGGUGCCAGAAAAUGCGAAGACUGUUAAUGGCGUCGAAUUGCCAGACUUCAACGUUAUUGAAGGAAAAGCUGCAGAGUCUACGGGACCAGAUAAGUGUAAAUUUCACUCUAGAAUCACAGUUAAUGAUCUUCCUCAACAAGCCCGUUGGGCCGUUGUUAGUGGCGAUAGUCUUGCUGAAAUAACUGAAGCUACUUCGACAUCGAUCACUAGCAAGGGCCAAUUCUACCCUUCAGGGAGCAAAAUACCUACAAUUAUCAAGCAGGGCAAAAAAGAAGUGCCAGCACCACCAAAGUUAUACUUGCUUGUUGAGGGCUUAACGGAAUCAGGAGUAAGAGAUGCGAACAAGCGCAUCCGUCAAAAAAUCAUAGAAGGCAUGGAAAUCUCUGCAAAGGACGACGGUGUUGCUCCAACGGGCCGAUAUGUGGUUUAG